AUGCGCAAUGGUCGCCGAAACCUCUGGACUGAAAAGACUGCCUUUGUGUACACACCCCUCACCGCAGAACAACAAGCCACUAUCGCCGAGUUUCCCUGGACGGUCAUGGCUGAGAAUAUUCGCCUCUUGACCGAUGGUCGCUGCGGAUCAGUCUGUGGCAUGGCGGGAUACUUUUACACCACAGAGCAUAAUGUUGAGUCGCAUACCAUCGGUGGCACAUUCGGUGAGGACCUAUCCAUGUUCUCCUUUGCUGGCGCCUCGGUCCUCCGGCUUUCCGAGAUACAAGACUUCUACAGCUCUGCAAAUCUGACAAGUUCCAUGUCCGACCUGCCCUACCAGAGCAUCGUGACCUUCUCGUGGUUGGAGUUGUAUGGCAAAGGGCGUACCAUUCCACUUGAAUAUGAUGCACAGUUGUAUCGGCCCAAGCGUAGAUUGAAUUUUACACCCACGAAUGCCCGUAGUAGAGAAGUCCUUUGGAAGGAGGUUGCUGCUGGGUCUUGGAAGUAA